GGUAGUAUUGAGCACCGGCCUGACUGAACUGGAGCCGCCCCGAGGCAGCGGCCGCCGGGAUGGCCUCCAGCUUCAAGAAGCCCUCGCUGGGAGCAGCGUCCCAGAGGAAGAAAUCGAGUCCCAAGCCGGAGCUGACUGAAGAGCAGAAGCAGGAGAUCCGGGAGGCCUUCGACCUGUUUGACACAGAUGGCACCGGGAACAUUGAUGUUAAGGAGCUGAAGGUGGCCAUGAGAGCACUAGGGUUUGAACCUAAGAAAGAAGAAAUCAAGAAAAUGAUAUCAGAUAUCGAUAAGGAAGGAACAGGAAAAAUCAGUUUCAAUGACUUCUUGGCAGUGAUGACCCAGAAAAUGGCUGAUAAAGAUUCCAAAGAGGAGAUUCUCAAAGCUUUUAAGCUCUUUGAUGAUGAUGAAACUGGCAAAAUCUCUUUCAAAAACCUCAAACGUGUAGCCAAAGAACUGGGUGAAAAUCUUACAGAUGAAGAGCUGCAGGAAAUGAUUGAUGAAGCAGAUAGAGAUGGGGAUGGGGAAGUGAACGAGCAGGAAUUCUUGCGGAUCAUGAAGAAGACCAGCCUUUACUGAAACUGAAUUUUAUUGUAUUUGUUUGCACAUGUGUGUGUAUGUCUGGUAGGUGCCUCACUUUUUUCCAGCUUUUU